GUGCGUCCCACCCACACACGCCCACACCUCCGCGUCUCUCAUCACGCGUUUGCUGUUCGUGUCGCGUAUCGUAUAACUCGCUCAUCUCCACGCUUAAGCGAACGCAAGGAAGAAUCUCCAAGAAGAGGGAUUUCCUAUUUUGUUUGUUUGUUUACCAACAUCAGCGCGGGAUAGCAAAGCUGAAGGAUGUAUCGUCUCCUUCGCCCCGCGAUGGCGUCCUCGAGCAGGAUGAUUGGGUGCCCUCGCACCGCGGCGCGCGCCUUCCACCUCAGCGGCAGCUGCCUCGCCGCGGCCGACUCCACGGUUACACCCACGGCGGCUCCCCCCUCCGCCUCCGCAGUGCCAGCAAACCCUUCCGCCAUCGUCGCCGGCCCCUACCGCCGCGUCGGCAACGUCUUCAUCGUCACCUGCGUCGAUCACCCCUUCAAGUUCUCGUGGGAGGUCAACCGCAUGCUGCGCGAGCUGCGGUUGGAGUUCAUGGGACAGACCACCAUCGUGCCGGACAUCCCGCAGGUCCGCAAGCGGCUCUGGCGGGUCCGGCACCUUGUCCGUGUGGAUCCUGUGGACCUGGAUGAGGCGAAGGCGCUGAUUGGCGUGCCGGAGCACGUCUCCUUCCGUGACCUGGCAUCGCAGAUUCCGCCCACCUUUGGUCGCGGCCCGGCGGUCGGCAAUCCGCGCCUGCGCAGUAAGAUGAACUUUAUGCAGCUGCGCCGCAUGCGUCUGCGCGACGUGAUGCACCGCGAUCAGCUGGAGAAGAAGCUGCUGGAGGAGCGGCGGCGUGCGCUGCAGAGGACACAACACGCUGCGGAAGGGGAGGCGUAA